UCAAGGACAAAACAUGGCGGCACCCAGCAAGAAGGUGUUCGAGGUUUUCGUGUCCAGAAUUCCAUGGACUGUAGCGACAAAGGAGGUUAAAGAAUAUUUUGGGCAAUUUGGCCAUGUGAAGAAAUGUCUCCUGCCUUUUGAUAAAGAAACAGGCUUUCACAGGGGCUUCUGUUGGAUUGGCUAUUCAUCAGAGGAAGGACUGCAGAAUGCUCUUCAACAAGACCAUCAUGUUAUUGAGAGCACCAAGCUUCAAGUUCAGAAGAACAGAAAGCAGUUCAUAGGCAAAAAAGUGACCAAGGAAGCAGAAGACAGCUGAAGGAACACUGAGUCUAUAAAAUCAUCUUUUUUGUUAGUUUUCUUUGUGCAUUUAUGUGUGACUUGUAUCUGUGAAUUGGAAAUGUUCUAUAUUUAAAAGGGUUUUCAGUUAUAAAAUAAAUGUACUGUCAAAAA